CCGGAAGAGGCGCGGGCGGGGAAAGGAGCGGGAGACUCGGCUGCUGCACCUGGGUCCCCAUGGCUCUGUGGCGCGGCUCUGCGUACGCCGGCUUCCUGGCGCUGGCCAUUGGCUGCGUCUUCUUGCUGGAACCCGAGCUGCCGGGCUCGGCGCUGCGCUCGCUCUGGAGCUCGCUGCGGCUGGGUCCCGCUCCCGCGCCCCUGGGGCCCGGCUCCUCUGAAGGCCGGCUAGCGGCCGCCUGGGACGCGCUCAUCGUGCGGCCAGCCAGGCGCUGGCGCCGCGUGGCCGUGGGGGUCAACGCAUGUGUGGAUGUGGUGCUCUCAGGGGUGAAGCUCUUACAGGCACUUGGCCUGAGUCCUGGGAAUGGGAAAGAUCACACUGUUUUGCAUUCAAGGAAUGAUCUGGAAGAAGCCUUCAUUCACUUCAUGGGGAAGGGAGCAGCUGCUGAGCGCUUCUUCAGCCAUAAGGAAACUUUUCAUGACAUUGCCCAGGUGGCAUCCAAUUUCCCAGGAGCCCAGCACUAUGUAGGAGGAAAUGCGGCUUUAAUUGGACAGAAGUUUGCAGCCAACUCAGAUUUAAAGGUUCUUCUUUGUGGCCCAGUUGGUCCAAAGCUACAUGAACUUCUUGAUGACAAUGUAUUUGUUCCACCAGAAUCAUUGCAGGAAGUGGAUGAGUUCCAUCUCAUUUUGGAAUAUCAGGCAGGGGAGGAAUGGGGCCAGUUAAAAGCUCCCCAUGCCAACCGAUUCAUCUUCUCUCACGACCUCUCCAACGGGGCCAUGAAUAUGCUGGAGGUGUUUGUGUCUAGCCUGGAAGAGUUUCAGCCAGACCUGGUGGUCCUCUCUGGAUUGCACAUGAUGGAGGGACAAAGCAAGGAGCUUCAGAGGAAGAGACUCAUGGAGGUUGUAACCUCCAUUUCUGACAUCCCCACUGGUAUUCCAGUUCACCUAGAGCUGGCCAGUAUGACCAAUAGGGAACUCAUGAGCAGCAUUGUGCAUCAGCAGGUUUUUCCUGUGGUGACUUCCCUUGGGCUGAAUGAACAGGAACUGUUAUUUCUCAGCCAGUCGGCAUCUGGUCCUCAUUCUUCUCUCUCUUCCUGGAACGGUGUUCCUGAUGUGGGCAUGGUCAGUGACAUCCUUUUUUGGAUCUUGAAAGAACACGGGAGAAGUAAGAGCAGAGCCUCAGACCUCACCAGGAUCCAUUUCCACACGCUGGUCUACCACAUCCUGGCAACUGUGGAUGGACACUGGGCCAACCAGCUUGCAGCUGUGGCUGCUGGAGCUCGCGUGGCUGGGACACAAGCCUGUGCAACAGAAACCAUAGAUGCCACCCGCAUGUUGCUGCGGGCUCCCCACGAGUUCAUGACUUCCCACUCGGAGGCAGGCUCCAGGAUCGUAUUAAACCCAAAUGAGCCGGUAGUGGAAUGGCACAGGGAGGGGAUAUCCUUCCACUUCACACCAGUCUUGGUGUGUAAAGAUCCUAUUCGAACUGUGGGCCUUGGAGAUGCCAUUUCAGCUGAAGGACUCUACUAUUCAGAAGUAUACCCUUACUAAUGAGGAAGAUGGUUGUAGAUAAUUUUUCUGAGGAAGAAGAACUAGCUAACUUUAGAAUUACAGGAAGAAAGUAGUUUGGAAAAUAGGGUUGAGGGUGUCAAAGGAGUCUCUAGAUCUAACUGGAGGGCAGCCAAGGAAACAGCAGCCGAUUAAACUGUAUCACAUACAUUCCAGCCUGUUGGCGAUUACACAAAAAUAUUUCAGGUUUUAAUCAAAAUUUAGCUAUUUACUGAGACUGGAUUUUUUUUUGUUUUAUUGUUGUUGUUGUGUGUUACGGGGUAAAAACUUGAUUCCCAAAUCCUCAAUUUAUGCAGAAUUAUCAAGUAUUUUAAGCCAGACUUCAACACUCGAGAGCAUGUCAGCCGGAGAAAGCACUUCCCUCCUUGCCUACUUCAGAAAUGCAUGCUUGCUCACCCAUCUGUAGUAAAGCCUAUGAGGUUCCCUUAGCCCAGUGCUCAUGGGCAGGAUUGUGGUUUCCAUUCAGUGUUACAGUGAACAAAUUUAAUGAGCAUACCUUCUCAAACAUAGAACCACAAAUAAGGACAACGCAAUUCCUCCUGUGCUACAGAGUCACAGCAGAGCCUGGGGAGCCUUUGAAGGAGUCAUUCAUUCUUCAGUUGUUUGGCAGCCUGGGUGUACUGCAGCGUGGCAUUGUGAGCUGAAGGAUGUGCCUUCCUGCCCUGUCGCCUUAGACUGGAGGCUGGGUGAUCAAGGCUACUGUGGCAUGGGCUCAACCUCAUCACCCAGCUGUAGACUAGCUUUCUGCAGUAGAAGACUGUUCAUUCUGAUCCUUGAAGGGAUUUGCUUUUACAACUGGAAUAUGCUUCUCUGUGUGUAACAGAUCAUGUAUGUGUUACAUUUUCAUUGACACAUCGCUUCCAUUAAAGACUUUGACCUCAUAAGAGCUCCAGGAUCAAAAAUAAAUUUGUCAUGUUAUGUAUUUAUUUUUUUAUAAAUCAAGGAAAAUUCUGUGUGCUUUUAAAUAUAUUAAAAACAUUUUACAUUUCAGUAAUCUUAA